AGCGAAGGGCGUGUUGAUGUCGAUAUUCCAUUCCGCGAAAUUGGUUUUCAAGGAGUUCCUUUCAGGACUAAUGUUUUAUUACAACCCACAACAGAAUGUCUUGUUCAUCUUACGGACCCGCCAUUUUUGGUAGUGCCACUACCCGAUAUCGAAAUCGCACAUCUGGAACGUGUUCAGUUUGGAUUAAAAAAUUUCGAUCUUGUGUUUAUUUUUAAAGAUUAUUCUCGUCCUCCUGUUCAUAUCAAUACCAUUCCAAUGAACCAACUUGAAAAUGUUAAAGAUUGGUUAGACUCUGUAGACGUAAACUUUUAUGAAGGUACCCAAAAUUUAAAUUGGGCUCAAAUUAUGAAAACAAUCAAUUCGGAUCCUGCAGAUUUUUUUGAACAAGGAGGAUGGUCAUUUUUAAAAUUACACAGUGAGAAUGAAGAUUCUGCUGCAUCUUCGGAUUCUGCGAGUGAAUACAUGCAAAGUGAAGACUCAUUCGAAGAAAGUUCUAGUGACGGUAGUAGUUUUGAUGAAGAUGCAACUGAUGUCGGUGGUACCGAAUCUGAAGAAGAAAGUGAUGAGUCAGCCCCAGAUUGGGAUGAGCAUGAAGAAAAGGCCCGCAGAGCUGACGAACGUAAGCAUGGAACAAUCCGUGCGGAUGAAUCUGAUGACGAUCGCGGAAAGAAUAAAAAGUCUCGCC